AUGUUUCGGGUCUACACACAACGAUGGCUCGUGCUGUUGGUUGUGUGUCUGUUGAACUUCUCGAAUGCGAUGGUAAGCCGAUUCCGCGCCGCCCUAAACAUGUUCAGCUAGACGUGGAUUACAUUCGCUCCGAUCUCCUAUUACACCAACUCCUUUUAUGGCGACAGAAAUGCGGCGACUUUGUUGAAUGUCAUCUUCAUGGCGGUCUCGAUUCCGUGUGGGAUUGUGGCGUUCUGGGGAGUGGAUCGAUUCGGGAUUAGAGUUGUUGUAAGAGUUUUUCUGAACUAGGACGAAUUUUGAGUCAAAUUAUUACACUUGACCCAGCAAAAGGAUGAAAUUAAUCAGGGAAUUUCUACGACAUUUGCCAGAUUUUCAGCUUGCGUUUUGCAGAAAAAAAUUGCAAAUUCCUGGUGUCCAUUUUUUUAUUGAAAAAUUCACCAUUGAUUUUUUAUGCAGAUGCAAAAUUGGAACAAAUUCAAUGUUACUCUUGGAAUAAUCCACCUCUAAAAUAUCACGCUUAACCCAUCAAAACCACCUCAAAUUAAGAUUUAGUGUAUUGCUGGUGCUGUUUUCAAUUUCCUCGGGAAUUUGAUCCGUUUCUCGGCCGUCUUCUUAUCCGGUCCAGCCAGAUUUUGGUUGACCUUGUUCGGCCAAGCCUUGGCCGCCUCGAUCCAGCCGUUCGUCAUGUAUCUGACCACCAAGACUGCUGCUAUUUGGUUCCCAAACUCGGAGAGAGUGACCGCAAACACGUUGGCGGCGCUCUCCAAUUCGCUGGGUGUGGCGACCAUGUACUCCAUAUCGCCACUUGUUGUUAACAGCAACUCGAAAGUGGACUUUAUGAUCUUGGUAAGAGAAGGGUGCAAUUUUCGUUGGUUCGAAAAUUUUUAACUGAUUUUAAAGUAGUUUGAAGUCAACAUAAGGUCUCGGAAAUGGUAUAAAAGUCAAGAUGACAUUAGGAAUGGCAGAUUCAGCACUUAUGAAGGGCCAUUUUUCAUAAGCCCAAACAGAUUUCCAGAGAUUUAUGUCGCUUUUUACUCAAGCUGACUCUUCUAAUAGCAUUUUUCCAAUUUCGAAAUCGAAAAAACUAUGAUUCAUAGGGCUUAUAAUCAUUUCAAAGACGAAUCGCUUGAACCUUUCGAGGCCGUUUCGAAGAAGAAUCAAUUCAAAAAGGCCAAGGAAAUGUUUCUUUUUGAAGGAUAAUACUCUAAAAUAACGUUUGGAAAAAAAUGAAUUUUUGUGUAAAAAUUAAGCGGCUCUCAUCAAAAAGAAAACAAUAUUUUCAAACCCAAUGCCCUAAAUUUUAUCAAAAUUUAAGACUGGAAGUUACUGUAUCAAAUUUAAUAAAAUGCUCUCAGAAUGGCCUAACCUCCCUCCUGACCUUGAUUACUUUAAUCCUAUCAUUUGGAGUGACCAGAACGGCCCCCAAAACUCCUCCAUCCGCCUCAGGCGAUGGCUCAACCGAUGCCGGAGACUUCAAAAAAAGUUUGAAGACUCUGAUCACCGACAAGAAUUUUAUCAUCCUAAACAUGGCAGUUGGAAGUGGAGUUGGUCUGUUCAAUUGUCUUUUCAACAACCUUCAACCAACGCUCUGCUCUCAAGGCUAUGACGUCACUAUUAUCUCGUUAUGUGGGAGUGGAAUGAUAGUGGCCGGACUGGUUGGAUCCGCCAUCACCGGAGUUAUUGUGGACCGAACAAAACGCUUCAAUGAGGCCUACAAGCUUUGUCUCAGCAUGACCGCCAUUUGCACAAUUCCAAUGUCUUUGUUCGUGCUGCGCGAGAAUCAACCCGCUCUGGUGAUGCUGUCCAUUUUCUGCUUCGGCUUCUUCGGUCUGGCCACUUAUCCGGUCAGUCUGGAACUGGCCGUGGAGUGCACUUUUCCGGUGCCGGAGGCCUUUUCCUCGGGCUGUUUGAUAUUUUUCGGGUAAGCACUAAACCCGUUGGACCCUUUUUUGGGCGGAAUAAAAGCCUCCAAGGCGCGGCGCUGACCUCCACUCCCACUCGCGUUGCAGGGGCCCUAAAAGCGCGGGGUAAUGGACGCCGAGGAGCGGGGUCAAGUCCGCCAUGGAGAGUAGGACUGAUUCCCUCGGCAAUUGCGCAAUUUCAGGCAAAUCUUUGGUAUAAUCUACAUAAUUGCGACCUCCUUGCUUACCACCGCACCCACCGAUCAAAUGCGAGCCCAUCAGACUUGCACUCGGGUCGAUUUGGAUGUGGAGAUUCUUCAGUGGAAUAGUAAGUAAAAAACACAAAAAAUUGAAAUUUAAAUCUCGUACUAGUACUCUUUGCGGGCUCCAACAGACAUGUGAUUAAAGAUUAAAUCAUAAAAGCGGAUUUGCUGACAUAAAAGUCACUAAAUUAUAUUACGCUAGACCUAAUCAACAAAAUUCUAACAUUUGAUGAAUUUCAGCCGCUCAAUACCUUUGGAUGGGUAGCAUAAUCGCGACAGCUCUCUUCAGUGUUGUACUAUUUACUCCCAAAUAUCAACGGAUGGAACAUGAAAAAGAGAAAACACAAGAUUUAUCCUAA